AUGCCUUUCAAUGAGAGCAAGAUCGAGAUUGCCGCCGCACCAGCAAAAGUGCGCGAAAUUCUCCUCGAUUUCGCAGCUUACCCCGAAUGGCACACAACGUGGAUCAAGUCCAUCGAGAUUGAAGAAGAAGGCAAGGCGAGUGAAUCUCUCGGCACAGGUGACAAGGUCAAAGUGGACAUUGAAGGUUUCAAGUUUGUUGCUGAGGUCGUGGAAAACACCGAAAGUCUUUUCUCGUGGCAGGGUCCACCUGUUUUCACCAUUGCCGGUUCACACAAGUUCCACAUCGAGCCAACGGAAGAUGGUGCAGGCACUAUCUUCACGCAGUCGGAGACUUCCAAGGGACUCAUGUCUUUCCUCUUCAGUCCAUCGAUCUUUGGCAAAAAGAUGAGAGCCGAUUAUGACGUCUUCAAUCGGGACCUGAAGGCUCGGGCAGAGGCCUCUCCCUAA